CGCGUCGUGUUGACCGGCGCACAGAAACACAAUUACCCAGAAAAAUUGAAAGCACCGCGGCAGUCGCAGCCACCUAGAGCGAACCUUUAGCGUAGAUAAGCAGCUGACAGCAAGUUGCUUCGCUACCUGCAAAACACGCGACACCGGCUCCAAAAUUCUCUGCAUUUCGGAGAAAAGACCUGGUUUUAAGACCGGCCUGCCAGCGCGGACAAUUUGAUGAGCUGACUGCGAAUGCGAAGUCGGGCCGAUUGAUACUCGACGAAGGAAGAAGAUGUCUAACCGUGAGGCCAGAGGUGGCGAAAAUCAGCGGUCUCUUCAAAGCUGCUGAUCCGCAGGGAAACUAGAGCAAUCGAAUCGGCUCCUGCAAAUCGCCGUUUCCGCUUCUGCCAGUCCUGAUUUUUUCUGCUGCAGCCGCCGAGUGACUGCUGCUGACCGGACAUGGGCUCGAUCGCGGCUGAGUCGCGCCAGCUCACCCCCAUGCCGUCCCACCACCACCCCGGGGGCGGCCUCAUGGUCACCAGGCCUACCAGGUGCUUGCUGCUGCUGCAGGGAUGCCUGGCCGUCAAGCUGCAGCGGGUGUCCACCCUGAUCAACACCCACCCCCAUCAGCAACAGCCCCACAAGCAGGGCCACGAGUUUUGGAUGUACGACAGUGGCUACCGGCUCUUCCAGAGUUUCCUGGACGCCAACUUGAGAUGCUUUUGGAAUCCGUCCCUGUUAGAGGCGAUGCGGCAGCUGCAGUACCAAGGGUACGUUGCACCUGGAGUGCUCCUCGUGUCAGCAGACCCUUGCGCACUGGAAAUCAUCAGGGCCGCGUGGGGCAGGAAAACACUGCAGCCACCGUCCAACCACAUCGUAACCCUUGUUGGAGACGUGGAGGAGUGCUUGGUCCAGUCAUUACCGCAAAGCCAAUUCACUCCCCUGCCGGAGGCUCUGUGCUGGGUGGUUCUGGAACUCACCUCUGCAGGUCAGCCGGCGUCUUUGGAGGCUGUCAGGGCGGCGUUGCAGCGCUCCUUCCCCGCGGUCAUGGAAACUCCCUCUGAGCACACGAUUUACGAUGCACUCGCCAAACUCAUGCAGGAACGCAAGAUUUACCACACCUCAAGAGGCUACUUUGUGGUGACUCCCGAGAGCCGGCGGCGGCGCAGCAACUCGCAGAGCCGGCCCACUUCCAGGGCAGGCCAUUCCAUCUCGCCGCACCACAGAUCGAGUGUCAUAGAUUCGCUUGGCGAGCAUCUGCAGGGCCCCAAAUCGGUUCUCAUGUCCACUGACGAGGCGCUUGUUUACAUUCACGGUGAAAUGGAGACGAUCCGAGAUGGAGAUCGGACACACCAGGCAGUACAAACCAAUCUUGCGGAUGUUAUAUGCGGAGGAAAUCCCAACGACAAAGUUUUGUACCCCCGAGCGAAACCGACUCCAUCGCCAGGAUCCAGGCUUCUGGAGCGACGCCACUCGUUGCGGCUGUUCGGCAGCAAGAAAAGAUUGUCCCACAGCACGUCACUACCGAGGUGUGGCUCCAUGAGGCUUUCGCCGAGCAGCUCGAGGACAAUGGAUUGGGGAGACGUGGAAAUCAAGCAGCCAGCAGAGAAAAGCCCUUCAUUCCUUGCGCGGCUAUUCAGAAGAAACGGCGCCAGAAACAGCAGCAAGCGCUUGAGCAGGGCCGACGCCAGCGAGUCAGGGGAGAGCAACCUGAGCACCUUUUCGGCCCAGUUCCCACCUGCCGAGUGGUUCAACCCCAGCGUCACCCACCUGCACUCGGUCGGCACCCAAACCAGGACGUCGUCCUACAGUCUUUCUUCAACUAGGUCAAGAGACGUAUCCCUGGGAAGGUCCCAAGCCAGCAUUCCCUGGUCAGAGGACCCGCCGUCGAGGGCAGCCACCCUGCCCAGAAGGAGACGCCACAUUUCCGGAGACACAAACUACACCUUUCCGUCAAACGGCUCUGGCAGUUACUCCAACACACCCCGCUCAUCGCGAAAGUCCGAUCCACCGUCAUGCAAUGGAACCCUGCGAGCGUCGUCUCGCCAGAGAUCCGGAUCUUCCUCCAACGGCAGCAAACACAAUGGCUCGUCGCCCUCGCCAGGAACAAGUAUCACCCCAUCAAUCAUCAGCAGCGUCGAUUCUCCGCGCAGCAAAGUGUCGCCCGCCCCGUCCACCCUUUUGAGCACACCGCGGAUGUCUCCGAGCAAGGUUUCCAGCAGCACUCCCCAAACAACCGUCUUCUCCUCCGGAGGCAGCUCCAUCAACGGCAGCAUCACCUCGCCAGGGUCGAUAAUCACCCUUCAGGUGCGAACCAAUACCGACCUGGGCAGGACGCCCGUCCAGUCCGGAAAGAGCGGCGACGUGACCACCACGACGGCGAGCAUUUCCGGCAACGGCAGCGCCAGGGUGUGCGUCCUGCAGAGCCCCAGCCGCUCCUACAUGACCCUGAACGGCACUCCGGUGGCCACGCCCAGCCACUCCACUCCGGGCAGUGUGGUGGACGCUCCUGCCGUAAAGAGGACGCCCCGACCGACGUCUUGCUACGUGCCGAAGGAGAAGAAGCAGGUCAGCCCCCUGGCGCCCUCCAACCUGAAGUGCCCUUCGGUGGAGAAUGUCCCUGACGAGGUCGACCUGAGGCAAAAGGUCGCCAACAACCAGCAGCCUAUCCCGAAGGUGUCCAACAGCGAUGCCGAGAACCAGCUUCCCGAAUCCUCGAUGAACAACGUGAACGCAGACGUCACCCGGAAGAAGUCGGAGAACCUGAGCAGCCUGAAGAAUUUGCUCUACCACAGCAAUACGGAGCUCAAUUCCCUGGGGAGCAACUCGUCGGCCUUGAAAACCAGCCUGGACAAACCUCUAAAGCCAUCAGACAGCCUUAAUCUGCUCGAGAACCUGGGAAAGGUGUCGCUUUCGAACGGAAAGACCAUCGCAGACGACGACGACCUGUCCUUGGACAAAAUCAACGGCGACCUGCACUCUUCCUUCCCCAGUCUGAGCGACCUGACGGUGCAUUUCAAGUCCCUGACAGCUCAGAAGAUCCUGAAGGGCAUCAGCAUCAACAGCAUUGACACCCUGGUGGAGGUCAACAUGGCGGCUGCCGCUGCCAAUGAGAAGCAGAACAAUUGUGAUGUCACAAUUCACACCGAUCUAGGUGUGCUGUAAAUCGUUUUUAAUUAGUCCCACUUCUAGAUCACCUGUUGUCUGUUUGUAUAAAAAACACAUUUGCAAAUUAAUAUAACUUCUUUGUUCUUCCUGUUAACUGAUUGAUUGACUGACAGUGGACGGCAUGCCUUUCUUCUGAGGGUCUUUAAAUUAAAAUGUGAUUAAUUUGGUUGUUAAUUUCACAAUUUUGACGUUUAAAGCGCCGGAAGUCAGAAGACAGGACCAUGUCGUUGGUUGUUGAAAAGUUUUGGUGUAUAUAUUUUCUUCUAAGCAUAUAAACUUAAUAAUUUAACUCGAGCCAUUAAUGGAUAGUACCUUUUACAGACUAACCAGACUUCAUUUUUUGUUUUAAAAUAUGCGCAUAGCUAAAUAGCCAAUUAGAGUGAAUUUUUCAACCAAGUUUUUUACCGUUCUAGUUCACGAAACAUUUUCCUGGCUUCAAAAAUAAAUCACUCAGGUGCCAAAUUAGUUUGUACUCGAACUAUGAAAGUCAUAUGAGAGUUUUUGGGUUAUUUUACCAGAGCUAUUGGCUGGAAUUUCUUCUGAUUGAAUAAAUAAAUAAAUCGAAUUGUAAUAAAAAA